UGAGUCCCGUAAGGCUUGCGUGCAGCGACCUCCGGGUGCGGCGUAGGCAUCAAACCCAAAAGACCGAAGCAACCUUCUUCAGAAGCCACUACUAGCUAGUACCGGUACCUUCUCCAGUUGUUGCCUGAUCGACGCUGGGGUGUCAGUGUCGUGACAUACAUUAAUUACGGAACGGUAGGAUUGGAGGGCGGGACGAUGGAGCUUCGAGUAGGCAAGAAGUACCGGCUGGGCCGGAAGAUUGGCAGUGGAUCGUUUGGUGAUAUCUACUUGGGCACCAACAUGACCACCGGAGAGGAAGUGGCCAUCAAGCUGGAAUCGGUCAAGACGAAGCAUCCACAGCUUCUCUAUGAGAGCAAGAUUUAUCGGAUUCUUCACGGUGGAUUGGGGAUUCCGAAUGUGCGAUGGUACGGCAUUGAAGGCGACUACAAUGUGAUGGUGUUGGAUCUACUGGGCCCUUCGUUGGAGGAUCUGUUUAACUACUGUGGUCGCAGAUUCCAGCUCAAGACGGUCCUGAUGUUAGCAGAUCAACUCUUGAGUCGACUGGAAUACGUCCAUACCAAGUCAUUCAUCCACAGAGAUGUCAAGCCCGAUAACUUCUUGAUCGGCCUUGGAAAGCGGCAAUCUGUCAUUCACAUUAUUGAUUUUGGAUUGGCCAAGAAAUACCGUGAUCCUCGAUCGCAUCAGCACAUUCCCUACCGUGAGAAUAAGAACCUCACCGGAACCGCUCGAUAUGCUUCCAUCAAUACUCACAUUGGAAUUGAACAGAGUCGACGAGAUGAUCUAGAGUCACUGGGAUAUGUCCUCAUGUACUUUAUUCGUGGCUCACUGCCCUGGCAGGGACUCAAGGCCAACACUAAGAAGCAGAAAUACGAGAGAAUCAUGGACCGGAAAAUGUCCACUUCCACCGAACAACUUUGCAAGGGAUAUGCCACGGAAUUCCGAUCCUACUUUGAAUACUGCCGAUCUCUUCGAUUCGAGGAUAGACCCGAUUAUGCCUACCUCAAGAGACUCUUCAAGGAACUCUUCUACCGAAAGGGAUUUCAGUACGACAACAUGUUUGAUUGGACCGUCCUCAACUUGCAACAGGAACGAUCUCGACUUCCCCCCCAACAGACACCCGCUGCUGCUGCCCAGCCGGACGCACAAGCUCAAAGGUCGUCCGAGAAUCAAGAUGCGGUACGACGAGAUUCGCAUCAUCAGGAGGUACCUCCGGCCGCCGAUGGGGACGGCUCGCACGCACGCAAACCAGCACCAGAAGGUUCCCACAGGGAUCCCAGUCAACGAAGCGGAUCCAGGGGCUUCGGAGGACAGGCUCCCAAUAGGAGUCAACCCAAUCAAUCGGCGCAUGGAUCACAGCCUGGUGGACCUCGAACGGGUCAGUAACACCACCAUACACGACAAAUCACAUACAGCGAAACGGAGCAACGCGACAAAAGGAGACAGGAUGAAAAAUAGGAGGAAGCGGUGGUAAUCACGUUGGGUGGUUGUAUCAAUAUGACAUUGUGAGAGUAGGAGCCGGGGUUUGGUUGGUUGGAUGUUACCAUGAUCAACAGCAAAAUCGAUGACACCUUGCUUUAUUGGGCGUGGAGUCGAGUCAAUGCAAACUUUACUGCUGUGGCUGGCCCUUAGCGUGUAACCGGGGUAGUGCAGUUUUAAAGCAACAAUCCCUUUUAGAAAUGAUGAAAAUAAAUAUUCUUGUGUGGUGAUCUUUUGAUUGUACCGGUAUGACUGAUACAGGUAGCCCUCUUGCUUGUUCUGUACCGUACCGGUACUGGAGAUUUGCUCUCGGGUUAGCUGUACCUGCAAGCUGCAGCACAUAGACACUCCGCUUAAAAUUGUGGCCUGGAAAAGUGUAGCACCUUCUAACUAAAUCCGCAAUCCCAAUCCAUCACUUUUUUGGUACGGGUUGGAUACUUUAACAAACUUCCGCAGCACUGAAGUGUUAACCCAAUCUGUCGAUGUCACCUAUACUUGAACUGCUACAGUACCGUAC